GGGAAGGAGGGAGAGGCACCAGCAAAGCUACAGGCGGGACUACAACACAGAGCAUCCUGGGAAGCCCACGGAGGAAAUGAUGCGUCAGUGCAGUGUAUGCUGGUUUGCUAGCUGCAAGGCCAGUCAGCCGCGGAAAGGUCCCGGGAAAAGGAAGAGCCGCUACAGCAUGACAGCGUUGUCAGAGUGAACUACCGCUCUGGCGGCUGGGGACUCGGAUCUCUUCUCAGGCAGCAGACAUUUCAAAGCUUUUGAGCACUGCAGUCCUAUGUGUGUUUUCUUGGAAGUAUUUCUGAUUUUAUUAAAUGAUCCUUCAGUCAGACAUUCCAUAGGAGGUGACUAUGACAGCUCUAUUCACAUCAAGAAUGGCUUUUAUGACAUGAAGGGAUAUCUCCAAAAAGUGUGAGGCAUAUAGAGUCUAGGAUUUUAAGGAUGGAUUACUGUCGGGCCUGCAUUUUUCUCUUUACCCUGAUAUUAUCUAGAGACGUCACUGCUGACACAGAGAAGAAAAAGACAGAUUCAGGAUUAGAAAUCUAUAAGAAGUUGUUUGAAGUGAAACGCAAAGACCAGAUGAAUGCACUGAAGAAUCUGAUUGAGCUCAAUGAUGUGAACCAGCAAUACAAGAUCAUAGACAUCAUGCUCAAGGGUCUUUUCAAAGUUCUUGAAGAUUCACGGGCAGUACUGAUAGCAGCAGAUGUUCCGCCAGAUGGGCCAUUCCCUCAGGAUGAGAAGCUGAAGGAUGCAUAUUCCCAUGUGGUAGAGAACACUGCUUUUUUUGGCGACGUGGUCCUGCGCUUUCCCAAAAUAGUGCACCAUUACUUUGAUCGCAACUCCAACUGGAACAAUCUAAUCCGCUGGGGGAUCAGUUUCUGCAAUCAGACAGGUGUAUUUGACCAAGGUCCUCAUUCACAAGUACUUGGACUGAUGGCUCAAGAGCUGGGAAUUAGCGAGAGAUCCCCAGACUACCGGAAUCCCUUUAAAACAGACAAUUCUGAAUUUUUCCCCACUGCAGACACGUUCCAGAAGGCUCUUCGGGAGGAGGAGAAGCGAAGGAAGAAAGAGGAGAAGCGGAAGGAAAUCCGCAAGGGGCCUCGCAUCUCACGUUCACAGUCCGAGUUGUAAUGCGGCUGCCACCCUCCCUGUCACUGUGACUUGUGCUGGUGGGAGCUGAAGCAGCUGGAAAGGAACAUCCCGCUCCCUUGGUGACCUCAGGAAAAUGCUAGGAUGUCGAUGUUCCAUCUGUUCGGUUUUGGAGGUUUAUUUUCUUUUUUCAAUGGGACCUUGGCAACUACUGGAUUGAGCCAUGGGAAUCACUGCAAUCAUGGUCUUUAAGCACAUCUUUCCUUGUGUGAAGACUUUUCUGAGUCCCUGGAAUGUAUAGAGUUUCUCGGAGACGAUUCUUUGUGUCUCUGUGUAUUUUUGUUUCCUGUGGCUUAGCUACUUUACAAUGCGAAGAGUGCUUUGGGGUCGAGGGAGGAAAAAAAAAUCUCUAGCAAGGGUUUUUUCCCCCUUUAUUUGAAGGAGCGCUCCUCUUGGUUGUUUUCUUCUUGUCAAAGUUUUCUUCAUUCCAGGAGGCUAUUAAAUCAUUGAAGGCCAUGCACACUGAGGGAGCACCUGCAUUCAGGCAAGGGAGUAUAACACUGAGGUAUAGCAGUUUCAGUCUGUGGACCUCUUUGAGCUGACUUUGUAAGCACUGGCUCUUGAUGCAGCUGCUAAUAGUCAAAACUUGUCACAAACAUUGUUAUCUCCAUGGCACAGUGAGAGGUUUACUGAAAAGGACACAGAAGGAUUUUUCAUUUCACUCAUGGAGAAGGGAGCUCAUUUGUUCUCUAGAUGAGGCACUAAAAGAGCCAGAGAGUAUUAGUUAUGUAAAUUUUCAUGUACAUUCUUUCGGCGACUGUUGCUCACUGACUAAGGAAUGAAACUGCUGUGUCUGUGAUGGCUGCUUUUUGCUUUCCAGUAGAUUGCCUUCCUUCACUUUAUGGUAACUUUGAUAUUUGGGUAGUGACCUUUGUUUUGAAAUAUCAAGAUGUGAUACCAAUUUGCCAUGGCUGUAACGCUGAGGGAAAGCAGAAUUUGACAGUGUGAUUUUGUUCUCAUUUCUUUCUCCUCUUACUGUUAGAUUAAGACACCUACCAGUUGUGUGUUCAUCAUGUAAGGAAGGGCAUCUUUUUCCUAGUCUACUGCCUUAUUGCUCCAGGAACAAGCUGCCUUUUCCUUGAACUUUUCAAGCAUUCCACAGAGGCUUGUACCUGGAGCUAAGUUCAUUUCAAAUUCCAACUCUGCCAUUGAUUUUAUAGUACAGAUCAGCUGUCCUUGGCUGAAUUGUGGAUUCACAAAUUGAUUCGCACACAGGCACACUGUGGAUAUGUGCCCUAAGACUACUAUGAUGUUUGGCACAAUGGAUAGAUUUUGUUCCAGUCUGGGAUUGAUUCACACCAGCAGAACUUUCUGAAUUCAGAUAACAAGUAUUGUACUUUCCCUAGCUCCAAUGGCCCCUCACUGUCAGGAAUAGCACUAGAAUUUGGUAUACCUGUUGCAUCUGUCAAAGCUGGUUUGGGAUCUAGAUUUCCUUUUCAGCCCAUGACUGAAUUGCACUACUCUAAAAUGUAGCUUGCUCUUGCCAUAGGAAGAUUAUUCUAUGGGGAAGGAAGGUUUCUUCCAGGGGACAUUGCAGUUUGCAGAGAUGGAGAUGACUUUUAUUUUCUAAACAGAGAGCCAGUUAUGCUUGAUUUCUUUUUGGAUAUGUAUCUAAACUGGAAAUUGACUUUGUUUUUCUUGAAUAAAACUGAAAGUUUUGAAAAAAAA